ACAUGAAUAUUGGAUUUAGGAUAUUGCGCGUGGUACAAAUUAAAGGACAAGGUCACUAAGGCCUAUAUUAGUGUUUUUACAUAAAGCAUGCUUGAUGAAGGAUUUCAGUCUGCUUCUUUGUCAUCCGAAAUUUCACAAGGAUCAUCCUACAAUCGAUCUGGUGAUAUAGAAAUAGGAAAUGACUUAAGUUCCAGUGUUGUCUUUUCAGCCGAUUUCCACAAAUUUGAUGAUUUAAAAAACUUAUUAGAUAACAAUAAAGAUGCAGUGAAAUUAGGUGCAAUGAAACGGAUUAUUGAAAUGGUUGCCAGAGGUAAAGAUUGUUCUGAUCUAUUCUUAGCUGUAGUGAAGAAUGUGGUCUCAAAAAAUGCUGAGAUUCGAAAACUUGUCUAUGCUUUUUUAACUCAUUAUGCUGAACAAGAACAAGAUAUUGCUCUGUUGUCUAUAUCAACAUUUCAACGAGCAUUAAAGGAUCCUAACCAAUUAGUUCGAGCUUCAUCAUUACGUGUUUUAUCCUCGAUUCGUAUUCCACUUAUAUUGCCUAUUGUCACUUUAGCGAUUCAAGAUGCUUCGAAAGAUCUUUCUCCGUAUGUGCGUAAAACUGCAGCUCAUGCCAUUUUAAAAGUUUAUAGUUUGGAUCCAACUGAGAAGGACACAUUGAUUGAAAUAAUUGAUCGUCUAUUAAGCGAUAAAACUACUGUGGUCGUUGGUAGUGCUGUACGUGCAUUUGAAGAAGUGUGUCCUGAACGUUUGGAUUUGAUACACAAGAACUAUCGUAAACUGUGUAAUCUAGUAAUGGAUGUGGACGAAUGGGGCCAAGUCGUUAUAUUGUCAAUGCUUACACGUUAUGCUAGGACACAGUUUCCAAAUCCUGAAAAAUCAUUGAUCACAAUAGAAAACGAUAACUUUUCAACUUCUGCAAAUCUUUCAUCCAAUCAACCAGAUAACGGUCAAUCCAAGUCGAUUCCGAUUUCAGGAAAUGGCAAUAAUCAUAAUUGUACAUCAUCAAAAUCGGAUACAAUUAUUACUACACCUGAAAAAUCAACCCAAUAUUCCAUGUCUGAUGCUUUACCCGUACUUGAUGCUGAUCGAAAUGCGCUUUUAAAUGCUUCACGAUAUUUAUUGCACAGUCAUAAUUCUGCUGUUGUUAUGGCAUCUAGUCAAUUGUUAUUUUAUUUAAAUGCUAAAGAUGAUUAUCCAAAUGUAGUUCGUGCUCUAAUUCGAACACUACAUCGUAAUCGCGAAGUUCAAUAUAUUGUUUUAAGUAAUAUAGCAAGUUUAAUAACAAUUGAACAUCGUAAUUUAUUUGAACCAUAUCUACGAUCAUUCUUCAUUUUUUCAACUGAUUCACUUCAAGUGAAAUUGUUAAAAUUAGAAAUUCUUAGUAGUUUAAUCACAGAAACAUCAAGUUCGGUUAUUCUACGUGAAUUUCAAUAUUACGUUAAUAGUUUCGAUGAGGAAUUUGUUACUGCAACAAUUCAAGCAAUUGGACGAUGUGCUAGCAUCGUUCCACAAAUAUCAGAUGUUUGUCUAGGUGGUCUUCUUCGAUUAAUGUCCAGACCGAAAGAAAAAAUCAUGGGCGAAUGCGUGAUUGUACUAAGAAAAUUAUUACAAAUGAAAACAACUGAUCAUAAAGAAAUUAUUACACAUAUAGCUCAAUUAGCAGAUACUAUGACAAUUCCGACAGCUUUAGCAUCGAUAUUAUGGCUUCUGGGUGAAUUCAGUCAUCGUGUACCGAAAAUUGCACCUGAUAUCUUGCGUAAAAUGGCUAAAUCUUUUACACAACAAGAAACUAUUGUUAAAUUUCAGAUUAUUAAUUUAGCAGCUAAAUUAUGCAUUGUCAAUCCGCGUCAAACACUUAUUCUAACACAAUAUAUCUUCAAUUUAGCUAAAUACGAUACUAAUUAUGAUAUACGUGAUAAAGCUCGAUUUUUAAGAGGUUUAUUAUUUCCACAAAUUGUAACAAAUCCAACUCUGAUUAGCGACGAUAGUUCAUCAUCACCUGGAGUCCAUAAAAAUGCAUUGAAAUCAAAUACUACUACUAAUAAUAUUAGUAGUAAUACAUUUUUAUCUAAAAAUGUUCGUAAAAUCUGUUUAGCCACUAAACCGGCACCAAUAAUCAAAUCACAAUUUGAAGGUCGAUCCAACUUUCGUCUAGGUACAUUAUCGCAUAUUUUACAACAUUGUUUAUCCGGUUAUCAAGAACUUACCGAUUGGCCAACUAUCCCACCAGAUCCAUGGUCACGUGUUAUCGCAACACCUCUUCAAUCAACCGCUACUUCGAAUGAUAGCGAAUCUUCUGAAAUGAAUUCACCUAAAUCAUCUGUUCUACAUGUUAAACAUCGGAUAGAUGAAAAAAAGAAAGAUCGUUUUGGAAAUAUUUCCUUAAAUGAUUUCUUCUCAGAAACAGAAGAUGAUGAUGAGGAGGAGGAGGAGGAAGAGGAGAAUGAAAAGGAAAUGGAUGGAUUAAUUGAUGAAAGACAAGAAGGAAAUAAGAAAGCUAAAAGUACAUUGUCAUCAUUCUAUGGGAGUGGAAAUACUUCCAGCGAUGGUGAUGACAACGACGAGUAUACUAGCGAUGAAGAUCAAUUUAAAAAGAAUGAAGAAGCGACCGAUAAAGAUGAUCAUUAUGAUAGUGAAUCAGAUUCCGAUUUUGACAUAGAAUACUUGCUUCGAUCAAAACAACAGUUGUCUACAGUACAAAACCAUAGUAUUAAAGAACAAUCAUCCAGUUCAUCUAAUAUAUCCGAAUCUCAAUCAUCAUCAUUAUUACCAACUGGUGUUCCCGCUCCUGUUACCAUUACUACUCUUAAUGACACCAUUACUUCCGAGUCAUUGAAGGAAGAUUCAUUCACUGGAGAAAAGUUUAUCCAUGAUAUUAAUGAAUUACAAAUUUCAAUGAAACAAGAUUUGAACAGUUGGCUAAACGCUCAAUCAUCAUCAUCGUCUAAUGAGUCUGUUCAUGAUGCUGUGAUAAAAGAGGACAUUGAAAAAUUUACUGAACAAUCAUUAGUAAAUACAAGUGAUUCUAAGCUCAACUGCGAUCAGCCAAGUUCAAAUUUCACAUCUGAUGACUUGAUUCAUACGCAAUCGAAUUUUAAAGAUACUUGUGAAGUAAAUAAUAAAGAAACCAACGAUUCAUCGAAUAUCUGUGAUCCUUUACUACAACAUUCGAAUGAUCAUUGUGUUAAUUUUCCCUUACAGAUUCAUAAUUAUUCACUUUUAUGGUUUACUCUAACUAAUCCACAUGAAAAUGAUAUAUCUGGUCAAUUACAAUAUAGUCGUAUAGUUUGGCCUAAUCAUCCGAAAUUAAUUGUAAUCAAUUUGAAAUUAUGUAAUCAAAAUACAUGCGUAGAUUUGACAAAUAUUCAAUUUGAUUUAAUGAAUAGUGUAAUAGGUCGAUUAUUAGUUGAUGCUAAUCGAAUUCAGUCUUUCAGUCCAAUAGUACAAUUGAAACCUCAAUCAACCUGUACAGUACAAUUUGGCAUAGAUUUUGCUGGAUUUUGUGAUCCAAUUGAUUUAGAUCUUAUUUAUGAAAUGAAAUCAAAUGAUUCAUUGAAUCAUGAAUUAUUACAUAGAUGGAGAAUUUGUUUAAAUCCACCAGCAUCAGAAUUAAUACGACCUAUUCAUUUAAAUGAAAAAGAAUAUUUUGACGAAAGAUCUAAACUUAUAUUAAGUCAAUCAUUUUAUCAUAAUCAUAUAGUAACUAUAAUUAGUAAUAAUGAAAGAAUAUAUCAAACUGAAUUGUUAUCUAAAUUAAUAACUCAUCUUUUACAACAUAUUAAUAUUCAAUAUCAAUUUCAUAAAAUACACACAAAUCAUAAAUAUGUUGUAUGUAAUGAUAUGGAAUUACAUGAGAAGAUGAACUGUUAUUCUAAUGGAAAGUCGACAACAUCAACAGCAAUGAUGAUGACGACGCCGACGGCAACGACGACAAUAACGUCAGCAACAACAACAACAACGGAUGUCAACAAUCAUAAUAAUCAAACAUCAUAUAUCACUAUAUUUUUAACUGGUCAAACAAUAUCUGAUAAUCAAUUAUGUUUAUUAGAAGUUUCAUAUUGGUUAAAUACUCUAUUUAAAAAUGAUUCAUUUUCAAUAAAUUUAAGUUUAUUUUGUAAUUCAUCUAAUAUAUUUCGUAAACAUUUAUCACUGUGUAUUGAAAAAGUACUAUCAACAUUAUAAUGCUGAUGAAGGUUUAAUGUUGUUGUUGUUGGGGGGGAUGAGUGUAUUACUAGGGACUUUCUGUUCAAUGUUGUUUAAGCAUUCCAUUUGAUUUGAUUUUUUAUUCUCUUUUGUGUUUUUUUUUGCGUUACGUUUCGCGCUCAUUUUCAAUAUUCAUUACUUCAUGUAUAUGUUUGUGUGUAUUUGUUUUUGUGAAUUUGUUUAUUUCAUUUAAUCAUGUGCAAUUGGACGAGUUAUUUUGUUGUUGUUGUUCUUCUUCUUCUUCGAAAUUUAGAACAAAGUGUAAUUUUGCAAUAAAUUAUGUGAU